CAUUGUGAGUCUCUCUUCGCUUUCGCUACGCGUUCAAUUAACGCGACCGUGCCUCUCGAUAAAAUCAUAUCAAAAUAAAUCAAUAUAAAAAAUAUUAUCUUAUCCUUCGCGUGACACAUACGGCUGAUAAUGUUUAGAUGGUCUCGUUAAUCAUGCUCAAAGUGUGUCAGUUUCUCUCUCAUAAGAGAUCCGUAGACAAAUCAAUUUAUGUCGUUGAUGUACAAAAACGAAAAAAACGCAAUGCAAGAAUGCGAUCCAAAUCAUACUGCGCUCAUAUUAGCAAUCGAAAAGGGAAAAUUCGACAACGCAAGUGAAAUUUUGAAGUGCGAUGACGAAAAUAAAUACGUAGGUCCAUUAGGUGUCCUUCAAAUAACAGCCCUGCAGAUGGCUGCGUGGCAAGGAAACAUAAAUCUGUUGAAUCAACUCUUGAAGAAAGGUGCCAAUAUAAAUAGCAAAGAUAAAAUUGGUAGGUGCGCACUUUAUUACGCGGCGUACAGAGGUAAGGCCGAUGUGACAAAGUGGCUUCUUGAACAUGGAGCACAUAUCGACAUCAAAAUAUGUUCAUCAACCGAGGAUAUUGGGUCUGAUGAAUAUAUCAAGAUCCAGAGCGGAUAUGACCCGUUAAAUUAUCGUGUCCGGUUAACACGAUCCUGUCCCGUAGGAACCCACUUGCCAAUACCGUACUUCAGGGGAAGAACACCCUUGCAUUAUGCGGUGGAAAUGAAUCACGCAGACGUUGUGGACGUUUUAGUGGAAAGCGGAGCGUAUGUGAAUGUUGAAGACGAAAACGAUAUUACCCCAUUGCUCUUAGCAGGACAUUUGGUGAAUUGUGACAAUCUCAAUAAGAUGACUAAGUUCGUCAAAAUCGUUGACAUUCUAGUUAAGAAGGGGGCGUUCGUUGACGCUGUUCAUCCGGAUACGGGAAACACUGCUCUGCAUCAUGCAGUAAUGCAAGACAGUGAAGAAGCAACGCAGAUAUUAUUGUCCGAAUAUGCAGAUCCGAAAAUUUGCAACAACUCCGGAAAUACACCUUUUCAUAUCGCCGCAGAAAGAGGGAAUAUUACAAUAUUUCAGGAUCUAUCUAAAAAAAUACCAGACAAAAUUAUUGAUAUAUGCAAUAAGAAGGGUGAAACGGCUCUUCAUAAAGCAGUUUAUCACGGUCAUCGCGAAAUCGCACAAAAUUUGAUCAUUCGUGGAGCUAAUUUAGCUGCAGUAACGGAGACUGGAGAUACCGUCAUUAAUGCUAUAUUUGAUUAUAUUUCGCAACCAUUAGACUUUUUAACAGAUGUCUUAAAUUCUUGCGUAAUAAAUGCAAAUUCAUGCAUACAUUAUACUUCAAAGAAACAUAUGAAGAUCAAGAUCGACUUCAGUAUAUUGGUUCCAGAAGAUGAAAUGCAAAUGGCAGUAAUCACAGCCAUUAUUGCCGCAGCUUCGGAUAUAAAACAACUGGCAAUAUUACAACAUCCAGUUGUAGAAACCUUUCUCAGAUUAAAGUGGGAGAAAUUAAGAAUAUUUUUCUUUCUUCUUACACUCAUACAUUUGUUCUUUGCUAUUUCUCUCUCAUUCUAUGGUUUAAUGUUUGCACAAAAUGAUGCAGAUCACGCGGUGACUCGAAGAAUCGUAGCAUUUUGGUCUUGCAUAUUCUUGUUUUACAAUACGAUUCAGGUUAUAUUAGAACCAAAGAAUUAUUUGCGACAAUUAGAAAUAUGGUUGUCAUUAAUAUGCGCCAUACUAUCCUUAAUAACGUCGAUAGCGGGAGAGUUCGUCGUAAAGUGUUCAAAGGAAGAAAUCGAGUCUCGGCAUUGCAUGGACUGGGUGCUACAUUUCAUCAGCAUCGCAAUCUUGCUGAAUUGGAUGCAAAUGAUGUUGUUAAUUAGCCGUGUUCUAAUGUGGGGAGAUUACGCGCUCAUGUUUUACACGGUGUUGAAGAACAUUCUAAAGGUUCUCUUAGCAUUUAGCUCCAUGAUUAUUGGAUUCGCAUUAAGCUUUGCCGUUUCGUUUCACGGAAACGAUAGAUUUGACAAUUUCUGGAGAUCUAUCAUAAAAACUAUGGUAAUGAUGAUGGGCGAGUAUGAGUACGAGGAACUGUUUGAUACUAAGAACAGUGAGAGUACUUUUCUACCAGUCACAAGCAGAAUCGUGUUCAUCGUCUUCAUCAUGCUCGCCAAUAUCGUUCUGAUUAAUCUCAUGAUCGGUCUGGCAGUCAACGACAUUCAAGGUCUUGAAAAGGAGGGCCACAUACGUCGAUUAAAGAAACAAGCGGAAUUUGUCGCACAUCUGGAAAGAGUGAUGUCACACCGAAUCUUUCGCAGCAAUUGGCUGCAUCAUCGCUUAAGAAGUCUACUGUUCUUAAGAUGCAAUAUUACAUCGUAUAUACUACUGUUUCCAGAAAGACAUUUUUAUGAUUGGAAGAUUCCAGUCCAUGUAAAAGAAGCGUUAUUUUUGUUAACCCAGAAAUCUUUCAAGAACAAUUAUUUGGCAGACAAAAACACAGAAAUUGACAAUAAGAAACUGACUUCGAUACUAUACAAAUUAGAGAUACAAGUUAUGGAAUUAAGGAGACACUGUUAUAAUUCAACGAUUCAAAGAUUAUAGAAACGACGCGUGUUCUCUCAAAAGAAUACCUGUUUAAAAGAGACUUAAAAAUAUUUAGUAUAUUGCAAUCAUUUUUUGGUAUGCUGGACUGUUAAUCUGGUAGCAACAUUUAUUAUACUCAUUAAAGUAUCAUAGAGAAUUUCGUUAUCGGAAUUGUAUAUUUUCAAAAAAGAUAAAAAAGGUGUGUGUGUGUUUCAAAUCUUUAUGUUUUCUACAAGAUCCAAGUGGUACUAGCUUUGUAUUUUUAUUGAAAAUUUUUCUUAUUUCAAUCCAAGUAAUAGAAUUUUUAAUUUUUCUACAAAACUCAAAUGAUACUAUUUUUUAUUUUCAUUGAAAAAUCUUCCCAUCUUAACCCAAAUGAUAUGUACUUAAAAAAGAAUAAUAAUGUCUUAAAGUUGUAUAAUCCAAUCUUGAUGAGUUGUAUUUCUUAAGUAAAUGUAUAAAAUCUUUAAAUUGCAAUAAUUAUAUAGAGAACAUUGCUUUUUUAAAUAACUGAUAUACUACAUUUAAUAAAUAAAAUCCAAGUGUAGUAUCUA